CAUGUCGCGGCAUGAAGAAACUAGGCACGCGACGUGCAGGUUCCAGGUGUCGCGACGCGAGGUGCUGCCGCGGCGUGGAGAAGCUUUGUGCCGCGGCGCGGGGCUGUGCCGCAGGGUAGAGUGGAAUGCUGGGCAUGUUCUGCUGAAACGCGAUAGGUGUCGCGCGUGUUGGCGCGGUGUGAAACAACAUGGUAGUGCUGCAGCGCGACGUGAAGUAAGCCUGGGCGUCUCUGUCGAUGUCGUGGCAUGUGGCGCGGUGCAGCACGCGCUCGGGGCUUGGGCAACUCGCACUUUUUCGUGUCUCGGGCUCGAUUGGGCUCGUCCGAACUCGAAAUUGAGUUCUGUUUUUUCUUGUAUGCCGCCACAUAGGAAACCCGAUCAUCAGGCUCCUACUCAGGCUACGGUAGUCGCUCAGUUCCGCGACUAUCACGCCGAAAAGUUCUCAGGGCAGGGAGAUCCCCGCAUCGUAGAUGAAUGGAUUCAGGGCUUAGAGUUUAUCUUUGAGGUUAUGGAAUGCCCCGAUAGGUAUCGCGUAGUUUGCGCUCAGCUUCAGCUCACUGGUGAUGCAAGGCUCUGGUGGAAUGCCUACUGGAGCAUGCGUCCUGGUGAAAAAGCGGGUUGUACAUGGGACAUGUUCAAGGAGCUAGUCCGCGAUAAGUACUACCCUUCCUACUAUCGUGCAGAGAUGGAGCGUCAGUUCUUAGCGCUUCAACAGGGCACUCGUACUGUUAAUGAGUACGAGCGAGAGUUCACUAGACUUGCAGCUUUCGCAUCGGACUUGGUUCGCAUGGAGGGCCAGAGAGCGCAGCGGUUCAUUGACGGGCUUUUCCCAGCAGUCCGUCACAACAUCGUAGGACACGGGACUCAGACAUACGCUCGUGACGUUUCUAUCGCCCAGGAGGUGGACGCUAGCAUCAGGAGGGAGGCAGUUCGUGAUCGUGCCCAGCCAUCUGCUCCAGUGCAACCAUUUGCAGCUCCACCAGCUCUACCAGCCCCUCAGUCGGCCAAGGAGAAGAAGAGGAAGGGAAAAGGUGCACAGACUGACCGGAGGACCCGACAGAGACAACAGCCAAUUCCACCGUGCCCGACUUGUGGUCGACUUCAUCGGGGAGAGUGCCAC